CUGCAUAAAUAGAUAUGUAUGUACUUAUCUAUAUAACGUCACAAUUCGAUAAAACGCAAUGCCAAAGAACUCGACUCGAAAUGCUUGACAACACACAAAAUUAAUCGUGAAAAAAUUUCGUCAAAUGUUGACGUGUGUUUCAAGUGUAGAAUGCGAGUAAAUACAUUACACGAAUCACAGUGACAAAGUAGCCGUAUUCAAAAUAAAAACAAAUCUUGGACAAAAUGAUAGAAAAACCGAAAAUUGAAUACAAAUUAUACACGAGGAGAUGGUUCAAUAUGGCGCUAUUCGUGAUGUACACCAUAAAUGCGGGAGCCCAAUGGUUACAAUUUUCCAUAAUCGACAAUUUAGUACAGAAAUACUACGAAGGAAUAACGCCUGAAAGUAUCGAAUGGACCACUAUGAGCUCGAUGUUGGCUUACGUUCCCUUUACGUUUCCUUCUCUUUAUUUAUUGGACAAACUGGGAGUACGGACCACGAUGAUAAUCGGCAUAACUGGUUUCACCAUUGGAACAUGGAUCAAAGUAUUUUCCGUCCAUCGUGAAUCCUUCUAUUUAGUACUAACAGGAACAGCUGUACAAGCUGGAUUUCAAGUUCUGACAUUCGCAUUGUCAGCUCGUUUCACCGCUAUUUGGUUCGGAGCUCAUGAAAUAUCCACAGCCGGAGCUUUAUGCUUAUUUGGAGAUCAGUUGGGUGUAGCUAUAUCUAGUUUUAUUCCGAAGAUUUUGGUCAAAGAUGAUUCGAUCGAAGUUAUCCGAAAUGGGUUACAAAAAAUGCACUGGUUACAUGCUGGUGUUUCUACAGCUGUUCUCGUUUUGAUAGUUUCGUUUUUCAAAGCACAGCCUAAAUCUCCUCCUAGCGCAGCUCAAGCUAGUCAACGACAAACUGAAAGAAAGCACGUUUAUCAAGCCGUCAAAUCCAUCGUGAAGAAGCCAUCGUUCAUCCUCAUCUCUUUAUCGUACGGAUUAAACCUUGGAUUAAUCAAUGCAGUAAUUUCGCUUUUAAAUCGAAAUAUAUCAAUUAAUUUCCCGGAAAGAACUCUAGAUGCUGGAUACAUAGGAACUUUAAUACUAUUCAGCGGAAUGAUUUCAUCUUUGUUUUUUGGAAAAAUUAUAGAUAAAACUCGUAAAUUCAAAGAAUCCGCAGUGUUGCUAACUUCAGGAUCAGCCAUUGCAUUUAUGGCCUUUACAUGGGCUCUAGAAUCUGAUAACAUAAUCUAUGUUUACGUUGCAUCUUUUUUCAUCGGAUCCUUCACCUUGAGUUACUACGGGACCGGGUUUCAAAUGGCCAUAGAGGUCACUUUUCCUAUAUCUGAAGAGAUAUCAGCGGCGACUUCAUUUCUUAUCACAGAAUUCCUGAGUUUUGUCAUAACCUCCUCUUACGGAUACUUGAUAGGGAAAUAUAGUAGCCUGCCAUCGAACGUAGUUUUGAUAGUAUUAUUUUUUCUCGCUGCAUUGUGCGCCUAUUUGGUGCCUUCUGACUUGAGAAGACAGCAAGUUGAAGAGUCGGCUCGAGAGAAGACCAGAGAAAAAGAAAUGGCAGAUCUGAUAUCGAAUAAAAUUUAGAAUUAAGUACCUAUACUUGCCUAUACUUAAAUAUACUCUAGUUAAUACUCGGGGAAAAAUAAAAACUUGACAUAAGAUAGUUUCAGACAUAGGUGACAUAUUCCAGAUUAUUUUAGGUACUUGCAAAUUUUUAGAAAAUAAUGUCUACAUUAUAUUUUUCGUCAAGAGUUGAACUUUGGUUCCGAACUAAACUGACCGCGAGAUGUUCAAAUUUAAUGCACGAGUUGAGUCAACACAAACAAUCAAAUAAAAAAGUGUACUUCUUUACGAUAUGAAAAUUCAUUCACAAAAGAUAGCUACGUCAUUUAUCUAUUUGUUUGUUUAAUUAAUUACCUAUUUACGCACUCGUGCUAGGUACGUAGUACGUACCAAGCACCUAUUAAUCUAUUUAGAUCCCAAAUUAUGAGAUAAAA